AUGUUGGUGUGGAUGCCAUCACCGCAUGAUGGCGCAAAUAUACUUCUCGUGUCCGUUUUUCCCGGUAUGAGCCACUGGCUGAUGUUCGAGCACAUCAUUCGGGAGUUGCUGAACCGCGGACACGCAGUGACGGCCAUCACGAGCUAUCGGUUGGGUGGAAUUGAUGCCAACAACACCGACUCCCAGUACCGUGAGGUGUUGAUCGACCCACCGUACGAUUUUGAAGCAAAUGGGCUACCCAUGGAGGUGUUCUACCGAUCGCAGUCAUUCGGUGACCCGUUCUUCAAGAUGUCGAUACUGUGGAAGCUUGGUCUGGAGACUUGUGAGCAUGCGUUCGAAAGCGCUAAUGUACGCGCGUUCCUGCGAGAAGAUAACCUUACCUUCGAUCUGCUCAUUGCCGAACAGUUCGUACAGGAGAGCUUCCUUAUGCUGGCGCACAAGUACCGAGUGCCGAUCGUCACCAUAAAUACGCUCGGACACGCGGACUACAUAGAUCGAGCGUUUGGUUUGAUAACACCGUGGUCGUUUGCGCCACAUUUCAUGCUGCAGUACGACGACCGUAUGUCCCUUUGGGAGCGAGUGUACAACGUGGUAUUAUCGGUCUGGGAUGCGUUCAACAGAAAGUACUACUAUUUGCCGGAGCAAACGAAACUGGUCGGAAAGUACGUGGUGACUAAUGAGGACUCGAUGCCAAUGCUUGAGGACUUAGAGCGGAAUGUUAGCGUGGUGCUGGUGAACAGCCAUAUCAUCUCCUCACGACCGAGACCUCGCAUCACGGGAAUGAUCGAUAUCGCGGGUCUUCACAUCCGUCCUCCCAAGGAACUUCCUUCGGUGGUGAAGGACUUCCUAGAUUCUGCUCCUGCUGGCGUCAUCUACAUCAACUUUGGGACGUUCCUAAGAAGCUCCGGUAUGCCACCGGAAACGCUGGCCGUCUUUCUGGAGGUAUUCCGCAGUUUGCCUCAGUACCGGUUUCUGUGGAAGUGGGAAGCAAACGCUAUUCCUGGGUUACCCGCGAACGUGUUGCUACAGCGAUGGUUACCUCAGAAUGAUGUCCUGGCGCAUCCCAACGUCAAGCUGUUCGUCUCACACGGUGGCCUCUUUGGCACGCAGGAAGCCAUCUACUGGGCUCGGCCGGUUCUAUUCGUGCCCUUUUACGGUGAUCAGCACAGCAAUGCGCUUAAAUUCGAGAAAGCCGGCUUGGGACUUACUCUGCGAAUCAUCAACGUAACCUCGGAUGAGUUCCGGACGCGGAUCGAACGGAUCGUGCUGGAACCGGCAUUCCAGCACAAUGCAAACCGUCUGUCGGCGUUGUUCCGCGAUAAUCCAAUCGAUCCACUCGAGGAGGCCACAUUCUGGAUUGAGUACGUCUUGCGGCAUCACGGUGCAGCGCAUCUCAAGUCGGCCGCUGUUCAGUUACCCUGGUAUCGGUACCUGUUGUUGGAUAUCCUUUCGUUGGUUCUGCUGCUUGGAGGCGCUCAUUUCCGCGUGUGGUCGUAUCUGAUCGGUUGCGUGUUCGCAUUUACCACCUACUGGUCGCCUGGCGAGUGUUCCAAGGUGCUGUUUCUGGUGCCUUUUCCGGCGCCCAGCCACUGGCUGUGGAUAGAGCACUUUGUGAAGGAGCUGCUGGCACGGGGCCACGAGGUGACCGCCAUUACAAAUUUCCCCGCAAAGGAGCCACAUCGUAACUACACUGAAAUACUCAUCGAUCCGCCGUACGACAUACCGUACUACUUUCCGGUGUCGGACAUAUACGAAUCGAAGUACAACAGUGAUCUGAACAACCUGUUUCUCUACUGGCGCGUGGGCCUGUCGACGACGCAGUACGCGUUAGAGAACGAACACGUGCAGCAGUUUAUCGAGCAGGAUGAUACCGAUUUUGACGUGAUCAUCUCGGAGCAGUUCUACCAGGAGGCGUUUCUGAUGUUCGCCCACAAAUAUCGGGCUCCCGUCGUGACGCUUUGUACAUUGGGCCAUGCGAAUCACAUCGAUCAGGCCAUGGGACUCGUCACACCGUGGUCGUUCGUGCCACACCCGGUGCUACUGUUGACGGACGAAAUGACGUUCUCCCAACGGUGCUACAAUUUUAUGAUCUCCGUCGCUGACCUGGUGAUCCGCAACAUCUAUUACAUCCCGCAGCAGAACAAACUAGCACAGGCGCACUUUGCCCGGAUAGAAGGUCCCGAGUUAAUGCCCUCUAUACGGGAUCUGGAGCGGUCUAUCUCAGUGAUACUGGUCAACAGCCACCUUUCGACGUCACCACCACGUCCCACCAUACCGGGACUGGUGAACGUGGCCGGUGCCCACAUCAAACCGGCGAAGGACCUACCAGAGGAUAUCAAAAAGUUCCUCGACGGUGCCCGGGAUGGUGUGAUUUUCUUCAGUCUCGGUUCCUACAUGAAAAGCGCGGAUAUGCCGAAGGACAAGAUGAAAGCAUUCCUGGAGGUAUUCCGGAACCUGAAGCAGCGGGUCGUGUGGAAGUACGAGAACGAGGACGUAGCUCGGUUGCCAAAGAACGUGAUGGUGCGCAAGUGGCUUCCACAGAGCGAUAUUCUGGCGCAUCCAAAGGUGGUGCUGUUCAUCACCCACGGUGGCAUGUUCGGGAGCCAAGAGGGCAUUUAUCGGGGUGUCCCGAUGCUCUACAUACCGUUUUACGGUGAUCAGCACAGAAACGCACUGAAAGCGGAACAAGCAGGGUACGCUCUAACGCUUAACUUCCCCGAGCUGAACGUCAUAACGCUGGGUUCGCGCAUUAAUGAGCUACUCACCAAUCCAGCGUUCAUGAAGCAAGCCAAACGUGCUUCGGAGCUGUUCCGUGAUAACAUUGUGCCCCCAAUGCAGGAAGCGAUGCACUGGAUCGAGUACGUCAUCCGCCAUAAGGGUGCAAAGCAUCUCAAGUCAAAUGCUAUUGAACUGCCCUGGGUGCAGUAUCUCAUGCUAGAUGUGGUGGGAUUUUUCACGCUUGCGUUUCUCGUGGUCGCUGCCGUAUUUUACAAAGUGCUCGGUUUCGUCCUGGCUAGUCCGAAGCAGAAACCCAAACCAAAGUGGGACUCGUUGUCCGGUACUCCUAAGCGAAAGCCCAAACUCAACUGAGAGUGCAUAGGGUGUAAACGAUAAAUAAAUGCAACUAUUCUUUAU